AGGCGCGUCCACGAUGGAUUAAGCUGCGGGAGAAGUAGCUAGUGGCUGAGAGAAGCGAUCAUCGCAGUGAAGAUGGCGAGAGGAAUGCGGGGACUAAGGAGAGCGGUACUAGAAUGUAUAAAAAAGUUACCCGUCACAGCCAGCCGAGAAACACCUAAAAGGAUUGGCGUAAGAUAUCUCUCCUCAUGUGGGAUCCUGAUGAUGAGAGUGCCACCACUCCUGGGGGCCAUGCCCAGGUCCACAGUCAUCGUGGCCCCCACCCGCUCCUUCUUCAACCUGGCUGACACCUUCAACAAGAGGAAGGAGUACUCUGAGAGACGCGUUAUGGGGUACUCUAUGUUGGAGAUGUAUGAAGUGGUAGCUGGGGUGGAGAACUACCUUCACUUCGUUCCCUGGUGUAAGAAGUCUGACGUGGUGUUCCGGCGCUCGGGGUUCUGUAAGGCCAAGCUGACAGUUGGCUUCCCCCCAGUAGUGGAAAACUACACCUCGCUGGUCACCACAGUGCGCCCCCACCUGGUCAAGGCAGCCUGUUCUGACGGUAAGCUCUUCAACCACCUGGAGACGGUGUGGCGCUUCAGCCCUGGCCUCCCUGGCUACCCUCGCACCUGCACGGUUGACUUCUCUAUCUCCUUUGAGUUCCGCUCCCUGCUGCAUUCCCAGCUGGCCACGGUUUUCUUUGACGAGGUGGUGAAGCAGAACGUGUCGGCGUUUGAGAGGCGGGCCGGGAAACUGUACGGAGCACAGACCAUGAUCCCCAGAGAGCUCAUGUUUCAUGAGGUGCACCACACGUAGCGUGCCCCAACGGAUCAUCCUCUCUCUGCGCACACACACACACACACACACACACACACACACACACACAGUCAGCCAUGGCAGGGAGGGGGGGGGGGGUUAAAUGCCUGAACACUGCAGUGCCUUAUCAGAAAACAACCAAUGAUUUUAUACCCAUUAACUGCUUGUGGCUAGAUUCUGUCCCCCUCCCUGCCCCCCCAAAAUACCAUCCCCCCCUGUACCACCAUAGACCCCUACUGGUGCCACCUCGCCCCAAAGAAACCAUCAGCACCUCUGGCCAGUAGGCACAUCUGAGCUUAGUGCUUUCCCCAUGCGGUGAGCACAGGGCUCAUAAUAGCCCUCUUGUGGAGAUAUAAAAACUCUUCUACUAAGGCCUAAAUAAAGUCUGUUUAUAGUGAAAGGCUGUGUGUAAGAUACUAUGGUAGUGAGAUCAGGGGAAAGGGACUGGUGUUAUGUCCUGAUCAGGCCAACAGUUUGUGAAGGCCCAUCCAAGAUAUGACAUGUGCAUUACGUUAUUGUAACUAACAUUAUAAACUGGGUGGUUCGAGCCCUGUAUGCUGCUUUGGCAGUGGUAUACCAUGGGUAUGACGACAACAUUUUUUACUGCUCUAGUUACCUUGGUAAUCAGUUUAGAAUUGCAAUUAGGCACCUCUAGGGUCUGUGGAAUAUGGCUACUAUUUCACAGCUAAGGGCUGUAUCCAGGCACUCCGCUUUGCGUGGUCCAAUAGAACAGCCCUUAACUGUGGUAUAUUGGCCAUAUACCACACCUCCUCUGGCUUUAUUGCUUAAGUAGCCUAAUGCAUAAGAUGGAGGCUGGGGUAUCAAAGGAUCAGCUUGUACAUUUUUGAAUGAAGUGUGAGCACUUGAAGAUCGACGUUUCCUAAAGGAAUGUCGCAACACUGCCGAGCCUACCUACACAUACCUGUUCAAGAGGUGCUGUGUUGCAACAAUGUUACCGGGGACAUUUCUGCCGCAUCCCAUAUAGCACGUUGUUCUCUAAUGACCAUGGGAGGCAUGUUGUUCAGUUAUGGCACUUGUGCAAUAUGUGUUUAGUUUUCUAAAUGCAGCUACUUUUUCCCUAUAGAUAUCCACUGUUUAAAAGGGCCCAGACUGGCUAGGCAGGGUACAGUGUCAUCCAAACUGUGUCAAAUUGCACCCUAUUUCCUAUACAAUAUACCCGUAGGGCUCUGGUCAAAAGUAGUUUACUAUAUGCACUACAUUUGACCAAAAGUAGUGCACUAUAAAGGGAUUAAGUUAACAUGUUGGUUGCUUGUGUCUGCCAGUCAGAAUACUGUCACUGAGGUAUCUUACCAUAGAACCUUUUAAAGAUGUCACUCUUAUGUACACCCAGUGACCUUUGACCUGAUCCUAGUGGAAUCAUAUUUAUAUUUUAUAACAUUAAGCAUUCUACUCCUAUAAAUGUAUUUAUUAAGGUAACAUGUACAUAUUGUUUUAAGACCAGAUAAGAGUGCUGACUUAACUAUAAUUGUUGUGUUUUGGGGAUUGUUUUAUAGUGCAAAUGGAGGUGUUUCAAUGAGUGAAGAUGUAAACUAUUUUUAUAUUAAAAAAAGGUUUGUGUGUGUAGUUCUAGUUGCACAUUUAAUGGGAAGUCCGAGUUGUGCCUUCCUCGGGUUUAGAGUUGUCAACAUCUGAUUGGUUGACCAUAGAUGAGGGAAUCAUGUGAGCGGUAAGAAUAGAACUGACAGUUAUGACUCCUGCUGGACAAAUACAGAACCACAUGCACAAGAGGAAACUAUUUUUCAAGGACAGAAAUGUAACAAAAUACCAUACCAACAGGUUACCUUGCCAGAGACAUGAGCUAAGAUACGAAUACUACAUAUUUAACCAGGAGAGCUCAAAAUGUAGACUUGGGCUCUCCGACCUUGUUCCUAGACAGCUAACCUGUAGAUAUUCACUCCAAACAAUUCUAAAUGACCCGAUUCAGGUUACCAACUAGCUAAUUAUUGAAAUCAGCUGUGCUAGAUUAGGGUUGGAAUGAACCUACAGGACAGUAGUAGUCCAGGAACAGGAUGCGUCAACCCUAACAAAUGAUCACCAAAUUGACAGGAAUUUCAUUCUGGGGUGGAUUAUUGAAGUGAACUAUUGCGUUUUCCAGAAUUCCAGUUCAGUAUGUCUGGCAUUGUACUAUGAAAUGAUCAGAUAUGAAGUGUUUGCUCAUGAAAGCACAAUGGUCUUGUUCAGAACAUUUGGUUUUAUUAAAUAAAAACAAAUUAAUGUCUACAUUGUACAAAACAUGUCAAAUGAUCACAAUUGGUUAUUUGCAAAGAAAUAAUGUACUGGGGAGAGAGAAACAGCUCAACACUUCUUGAAUGCACGGUUGUUUAUAGUACUGAUUGAACACAGUAAAUGUAGGCUAAACAUCUAUGAGCAGUAAAUACAAAUCCGGUCAUGAGGACAUCAAUGGGUUUCACAUUAACUUGUGGCUUGGACCUUAACUGGCCCAAACUGCUGUAACUAGUCCGA